AAUUCAUACGGCAGAGAAACAAUUCAAGUGCCAACAGUGUGGAAAGAGUUUUACAAGCACUGGUGACCUUAAGCUUCACAUGAGAGUUCACACCGGAGAGAAUCCAUUUGCCUGUCAUCACUGCAAGAAGAGUUUUAGAUCUCGCGAUUACCUUAAGAGACACAUGAUGAUUCACACUGGAGAGAAAACCCACGCGUGUGAUCAGUGUGAAAAGAGUUUUACAAAUCUGGAGAACCUUAGGUCGCACAUGAGAUCUCACACUGGAGAGAAACCAUUUGCUUGUCUUCAGUGUGAACAAAGUUUUUCACUCAUAUGUAACCUGAAGAGACACAUGAGAGUUCACACCGGAGAGAAACCAUUUACAUGUCAUCAGUGCAAGAAGAGUUUUGGAUCUCGCGGUCACCUUAAGAGACACAUGAUGAUUCACACUGGAGAGAAACCAUUUACAUGUCAUCAGUGCAAGAAGAGUUUUGGAUCUCGCGGUCACCUUAAGAGACACAUGAUGAUUCACACUGGAGAGAAAACCCCACGCGUGUGAUCAGUGUGGAAAGAGUUUUGCAAAUCUGGAGAACCUUAAGAGACACAUUAGAUCUCACACGGAGAGAAACCAUUUGCUUGUCUUCAGUGUGGACAGAGUUUUUCAUUCAUGAGUAGCCUGAAGACACACAUGAGAUCUCACACUGGAGAGAAACCCUUCACAUGCCUUCUGUGUGGAAAGAGUUUUGCAAGUGGAAAUAACCUGAGGAACCACAUGAGAACCCACUCUGGAGAAAAACAUUUUCAUGUCAUCAGUGUGAGAAGAAGUUUAGAUAUAAAGGUACACUCAAGUUACACAUGAGGAUUCACACUGGAGAGAAACUAUUCACGUGUGAUCAGUGUGGAAAGAGUUUCACUGUUGCAUCACAACUCAAGAUCCAUGUGAGAGUUCACACUGGAGAGAAACCCUUCAUGUGUCAUCAGUGUGAAAAGAGAUUUUCACGUAUUGGCAGCCUUAAGAAUCACUUGGGAACUCACAGUGAAGAGAACCCGUUUGCAUGUCAUCAUUGUGAAAAGAGCUUUAGAACUGGCAGUCAACUUAAAGAACACAUGAGAGUUCACACUGGAGAGAAACCGUUCCCAUGUCAGCAGUGUGAAAAGAGAUUUUCAAGUAACGCUGGCCUGAAGAAGCACAUGAGAGUUCACACUGGAGAGAAACCCUUCAUGUGUCAUCACUGUAAGAAGUGUUUCCCAACUACCAGUGGCCUUCAGAUACACAAGAGAAGUCACACUGGAGAAAAACCCUACACGUGUGAUCAGUGUGAAAUGAGAUUCAGUUUUGGCUAUCACCUUCAGAGACACAUGAGAGUUCACACUGGAGAGAAACCGGUCACAUGUGAUCAGUAGGGUGACCACCAUCCGACAAACCAAAUGUGGUCACAAAACUGAAAGGUGGAGUGCAGAUGGAGAGAAUGUUAAAUGGUGUGAUGUAAACAAAUGGACGACUAUGAAAGUCAAAGACACACCUUCUCACUUCAGUGCAACUAUUGAAGAUAUUAUUCACAGCAGAGAUUUGGAGUUUGUUUUACACAAUUGAUUGAUAAAAUAAAGUUUUUCUAGAAUUUC